CCUUGCACCCAAAAACAAUAUUCCUUCUCUUUAUUUGUAUGUAACUUUGGAGAGAAUAAAAUCAUGACAACCAUGGGAGACCCAUCAUCCAAGGAAGAUAACCCAGGAGUUCUAAAGGUUCUCGAAUCUCUAAAACAAGCUUCGCACGAGUUACAAUCUCAUCCAACUCGCAACCCGGCUCACUCCGACUCACCCGCCAUUAAAGCUCUGCUCGAGCUUCAAACCGAGUCUGACCCCAUACUCUCCAAAGACCCACAUCUCUCUGCUCUUUCCCGCUACAUCGCUGAACUCAAAACCCUCGUUGAAACCCUUGAAAAGACUCGUGGUCAUGGCCUCAGGAGCUUCUUAACACGUCGUGUCUCGACUCAUUCCAUUUCCCGAGUUGCCGGUUCGAUCGAGGCCGAGAUUCAAGCUUGGAUCGACCGUGAGAGCAUUGAGAGCUUGCUGAAGGUUCUGAAAGAACCGUGGAAGGACGAGGACGAGUUAGUUCGGUUACUGACUCAGUUCGAAGACCGAGUCUCACAAGGCUUUGAUCGCGAGUUACAGGAUUUAUUCCUGAAAUCGAAAGCCUUCCCGGUCUUGCAGACGGUCCUUUGCGACCCGAGUUGUCCAAAUCGGAUCAGGGAAAAGGCAGCGUUUUGUGUGGCCGCUUUGAUUCGAUUCAACAAGGAUGUGUUCGUGGGGCAAGUGAAUAUGGGAGAUACCAUCCACGCCCUUUUGGAGAUGAAAUCAAUCCAUAGCCUCAAAGUUCUACGUGAGUUGAUUACAUUUACUAAAUCCCCAUUUGUGGAUGAGAUACUCUGUAACGGGGAAAUCCCCAAGAUUUUAAUUCUAUUGGAAUCCAAGGAUUUGGACAUGAAAGUAGUGGCCUUGGAUUGCAUCCUUGAAAUUGGAUACUUGGGACGCAAGGAAGCUGUUGAAGCAAUGCUUAAAGGAGGAUUGAUAAAGAAGCUCGUGGAGUUGCAGAGGUCAGAAUUUGGUGGGGAUUUGAUUGAGAUGGGAAAAUUUGACGAUGAGAAUCAGGAGAGCGAGGGGAAGAAAAGAGAGAAGAGAGAAAACAAGUUUUUGAAAAGCCAUCCAUUUGCAAGCUGUGUGGCAAGGUUUGCAGUGCAACUAGAGGCUGGGGAAGGGCUGAGGCAAAGAGAGAAAAGGGCCUUUAAGCAAGAGAUUUUGGAGAAAGUUAGAGAAGCAUCUGUUGGUGAUGCGGAGGCUGCCACCAUUAUUGCCGAGGUUUUGUGGGGGUCUUCACCUUGAUCCUGUUCUGUGACAAUAAUUCAGACAUGGGGGAAAAUAGAUUACAUUGGGUCGUUGCCUCUCAAAUUUCAAUCAUGGAGUGGUUUGAUAAAUUGGUAUUAAAUUAUAACUUCUUACCUUUUUCAUAUGAAAAUUAUGUUGGUGCCUCCCAAGGGGUACAACAAUCAUUGCAUGUCGUAUGC